CUUCACCUUCCUCUCACUUCUCCGUCUCUUUCUUUGUUAGACACACACACACACACACACGUACACGAGGUCCCACUUUCCUGUCACUCUUGCUUUGGCUUCAGUACCUGCAUCUUAACUGCCCUGAUCUUCUCUGUCACAAAUUCCUCUUAAACCCUCUCCCGCACUCUGCGCAUCGACCAUUUCUUUACAUCACUCUUCUCAAGCAUUUGGCCCUGAUCGUCUGCCUUCUCACAUCCCGCCUCUCAAUUCCACCUCCAGUACCGUGCAUCUUAGUACAGUACCAUUACUACGCGCAACCUUCCAUCAACCAUGAAGACCUUCAUCGCUGCCGCUGCCCUCGUUGGCGUCGUCGCUGCCCAAACUCUCUCCGACCUUCCAGCAUGCGGUCAAACAUGUGUCAACAACAUGCUUGGACUUGCCAGUUCCUUGGGCUGCCCUAACGUCAACAAUUCCCCUGAUGUCGGUUGUCUUUGCAAGAACAAGGACUUCGGUUAUGGAAUUCGCGACUGCGCAACUCAAGCUUGCCCAAGCGGAACUGAUCUCAAUCAAAUCAUUGCCUUCGGUAACAGCUACUGUUCCUCGGUUGCGUCCACUGUCUCCGGCUCUCUCGCCGCUACCUCUGCCCUGACCGCCUCUGGUACGGCUACUGGCCCCGCUGGAUCCGCAAGCGGUGCUUCUACCUUGUCUGGCGGUGGUGCUGGUGGCUCUGGCUCUGGCUCCGGCUCCGGUUCUGGUUCCGCUACUGCAACUGGAUCUGGCUCUGGUAGCACCGGUGGUGCUGGUGGUGCUGGUGGCUCUGGCGCUUCUUCCACUCCAAUCUCUACCGAGACUCGAUUCACCACCAUUACCACCGACGGAAGCACAAUUACCAGCGCAAUCGAAACCUCGACCAUCUUCAGUGCCAUUGGUGGUGCAGGAGGUUCGGCCGCUUCUGGUGCUUCGAGCGCUGGAUCCAGUGCCUCUUCAGGUGCCUCGUCUGCUGCGUCUGGUGCAAGCGCUUCAGCGUCUUCACUCGCCUCGUCUCUCUCCUCUAAAGCCGAAUCCGCUUCCUCUGCUGCCUCAGGUGCCGGUGCAUCUGCCUCGUCCUCCGCAGCUUCGGUCGCCAGCUCGGUCUCUUCUCAUCUCUCCAGUGCCACGGGUGCAGCCGGUUCUGCAGCCAGCUCCGCAGGUGGCUCAGCUACCUCAGCUGCUGGUUCUGCUGCCUCGUCUGCUGCAGGCAACCCCGCGCCCAUGGUCACCGUGGCUGCUAAUGGGCUUGCUGGAAUCGCAGGUCUUGCUGCUGUCAUGCUGUUGUAAAGAGAAGAAACAACACAGCUGAUAUCCCAGAGUGAGAGAGUCGGACGACCUUUUCGAAUUUGCUUGCAAAAAUCACUGUUGAUACCCAGAUCCGCAUGGAACAGCAUUGCAUUCACGCUUUUAGACGUGAUAACGGACAGAUCGGCGAAAGUGACACAAUUGCUGGACCAUUCAUGAUCAGUGCAAACUGCGAAUUAAUGCUUUACGAUGUACGGAUUAGUUGCAUCUUCACCAUCAGCAAAAAGCAUGCAGCUUUCUGCUUUAAUAGGCCUGAGCUUAGGCUGAAUAGCUAAUAAGAGACAUCAUAUCGAUUGUCCAAAGAA